AUGCUUGCAUCCCGUCUGAUCCCGAAAGGCAUAUCACAUAACAUUCGCAACAUGGCUACCAAGGCACAGUAUAGUUCCAACACUCAAAAAUCAUGGUUCAACAAGUCUGAAUUCAUUCCUCCGGAUGCUAUAUUUGCCUUGACUGCAAAAUAUCAGGCGGAUUCAUUUCCUCAGAAAGUCAACCUGGGUCAGGGAACUUAUCGUGAUGCAGACGCACAGCCAUGGGUUCUUCCAUCUGUCAAUUUCGCACGUGAGGCACUUUUAACAAGAGGUUUACAACAUGAAUACCUCCCUAUCUUGGGAUUGCAGAGUUUCAGAGAAGGAACGGCGAAGUUAGUACUGGGCUCUGAAUUGUUCGACAAGAAAGCGACUCAGAUUGCAACAUGUCAAAGCUUGUCAGGAACUGGCGCAUUGCAUUUGGCUGGACUGCUGCUGAGGGCUACUCAAGAUAAACAGCCUGCAGUCUACAUCCCUGAACCAACUUGGUCAAAUCAUCACCAAGUCUUCAAGUCACUAGGUUUCCCUUGUGAAAGUUUCAAGUACUAUGACCAUGAAACUAGAAGUCUCGAUAUCAACUCCUACUAUAAUAUGUUAAAGCAGGCAGAGCCUAACUCGGUGGUCAUUCUGCAUGCAUGCGCCCAUAAUCCAACAGGCUGUGAUCCCACCAAGGAACAAUGGCGGGAGAUUGCUCAGCUUAUGAAAGCGCGACAGCUAUUCCCUCUCUUUGAUGCCGCAUAUCUGGGAUUUAACUCAGGUGAUUUCGAUGAAGACGCAUUUCCGAUCCGUCUUUUCAUGGGUGAGAUGGACAUGGAAGCUGGAGUCUGUAUUUCCUUUGCGAAGAAUAUGGGCCUUUAUGGUGAGCGAGUUGGCUGCUUCUUAUUAGGCACGAAUGAUGAGCAGGGCGCAGUGAAGCUACAGUCCAUACUUGAGAUGCUCCAGCGAUCCGAAGUCUCUAAUCCCCCUGGAUUUGGCGCCAAAAUUUCAAGUGAGGUUCUCGGUAAUGAUUCAUUGAAGGAGCAGUGGUUUCAAGAUAUGAAGACGAUGAGCGGCCGGAUUCGCGCAAUGAGAGCUGCUUUAUAUCAAAACUUGAUUGCUUCCGGGGCACCUGGGUCUUGGGAUCAUCUGAUUCAGCAAUCUGGGAUGUUUGGUUUCCUGGGCCUCUCGUUGGAUGUGGUCUUGCGAUUACGUGAAAAAUAUCAUAUCUAUAUGGCGGAUAACUCCCGAAUCUCUAUCGCGGGCUUGAAUCCUGGAAAUGUGGAAUAUGUCGCGCGUUCAAUCACGGAAUGUUUGAGAGAUUCGGAGCUUGAAGCUAUGUCGUCUCCACAAAUUUUUAUCGACCAAAACAAGGCCCAUAUUUUCGAAGAAGUAGAAGCAAUACACCUCCGUCGCCAAGCCGAGAUAUGCGCCAAGAUCUACCGAGAAGAACAAAUCAUGAUCCAUCCAGCCCCCAAAGGAGGCCUUGCGAUAAGAACAUUGCCAGACUUUGGAGGAAAGCUUAAUCGCGCCGUUGGAUGUGGAAAGGACGAAUUCCUGCAGAAGGAUCUCAAAGAGCUAGAGCUGAUCUACAUGCCCUUGGGGCUGAAACCUGAAAUUCAACUCAGCCCAUUUGCGCAGACAUCUACCCCCAAAUUGUUACUCGGCAAUGGGUACGUUGAGAAAGGGGAUCUGAGCACCUAUUGGUGUGAUGUCAGGAAAUGGGCUGAGCAGUCUUCUCCGGAUGAUCUUCCUGGAAACACGGUGGUGAGACUAGCCGAACCAAAUGAGGUGGAGAUGUUUAUGUACGCAUCCGCCGUAGGGUUUCAAGAUAAGGGGCGCACCCCAGAGCUGCUACGCAUGCUUGCCCAACUUGCGAUUGAAAGAAAGGACAUGUUAUACCUCUGCUUAGUGGAUGGUGAGAUUGCGGGAACGGCUGUAAUGGCGCUAAUGGAGACCCCUGCUGGUGGUGUGGCGUAUUUUUAUCUGGACAGUACAGUUCCCGCAUAUCGAGGGCGAGGUGUGCAUAGGGCCCUCAUCCAGGCCCGACUGCGGGCCGCGCACCAGUUGGGGAUUUGUCUAGCGACCGCCAUUACUAGCGUAGGAGAUGGAAGUGCGCGGAACGCUGAAAGAGUAGGACUUGUGAUUGCGUAUAUUACCUCCCAGUUUACCGCACCGCGGCCAUGA